AUGGACAUCCAGCAGGAGCGCAAGAGGCUGCUGGAUACUGACGGUCGAGAUGAUGAUCCUAGUGGUCUCAUAUCAGAGCAGGACGCUUAUCUCAGCAAAGUCAGCAACAGCAAGUUGUACCUGGCCACUUUGGCGUCCGUGCUGGGGCCCUUGAGUUUCGGUUUCGUGCUGGGCUACAGCUCGCCCGCUAUCCCGGAGCUGGCAGGGAGCACGGACCCCCGACUGCGGCUGAACCCGGUGCAGGCGUCCUGGUUUGGGUCGGUAGUGACGCUGGGGGCGGCGGCAGGGGGGCUGCUUACCGGCUGGAUAGUGGACAAGGCCGGCAGGAAGCUGACGCUCAUGUUCUGCUCGCUGCCUUUCGUCUUUGGCUUCACCGUCAUCAUCGCCGCCCAAGACGUGUGGAUGCUGUACGCCGGACGCGUGCUCACGGGCCUCGCUAGCGGAGGCGCAUCACUCGUUGUUCCGCUCUACAUCUCAGAGAUGGCUCACGAGCGUGUGCGAGGAAUGCUGGGCUCAUGCGUGCAGUUGAUGGUGGUGCUCGGCAUCAUGGGAGUCUACCUGGCUGGUCUGUUUAUGGACUGGCGCUGGCUAGCAGUGUGCGCAGCCGUGCCACCCACGCUGCUGAUUGCCUUCAUGUGCUUCAUGCCGGAGACGCCGCGCUUCCUGCUUUCGCAGGGCAAGCGACGUGAGGCGGAGGAGGCAUUGCGCUUUCUGCGGGGGCCUCACGCGGCGGUGGAGUGGGAGUGUGUCCGCAUAGAGGAUGCCUGCAACCAACAGGGUUCCAGCUUUCAUGUGUCUGACCUGAAGGAUGCCGGCGUGUAUAAGCCGCUAGUCAUCGGCGUUCUGUUGAUGGUCUUCCAGCAGAUGUCAGGCAUCAAUGCCGUCAUGUUCUACGCACAGAACAUCUUUGAGGAGGCACAUUUCAAGGAGAGCGACCUGGCCUCGGUGAUGGUCGGUGCAGUUCAGGUGUUCUUUACUGGUGUGGCAGCGCUCAUCAUGGACAAGGCGGGAAGAAAAGUGCUGCUCGUCAUUUCAGGCAUGGCCAUGGUGAUUAGCACGGCAGCGUUUGGGCUAUAUUUCUACAUGAUGUCCAGGAGUUCCUCGCCGGAGGAGCAUCAUGCCAGCAUGGCCUGGUUGGCCCUCUCCAGCAUGGUCGUCUUCAUCACUGGCUUCGCCUUGGGCUGGGGCCCCAUCCCAUGGUUGGUGAUGUCUGAAAUCUUCCCUGUAAAAGUUCGCGGAUUUGCUAGCGCUGUCUGUGUGCUGACUAAUUGGGGCAUGGCCUUCAUCGUCACCAAGAACUUCCAGGAUAUGAUGACUCUCCUCACCAGAGCAGGAACCUUCUGGCUUUUCUCUUGCAUGUGCCUCCUCAGCGUGGUCUUCACCAUCACCGUUGUGCCCGAAACAAAGGGCCGGACACUGGAGCAGAUCGAAGCCAACUUCCGAGGAACAGCGGGACCAUGA